AUGGCUCCUCCCGCCUUGAGGAGCCUCCUCAUCGGGGCCCUGGCAUGUCUUCCCGCCGUCGCGGUGGCACAGCGCAACUACUCGACCACCGCCGACAUGUUGCGAGCCCAGCUGACGCUGCUUGACGAUCGCCCCGCCGAUUGCCCUCCGUGCUUCAACUGUCUGCUUCCUGCCCACAAGUGUACUCAGUUCGCCGGCUGCAACGAUUUCACCGGAAAAUGCAACUGCCCCGAGGGCUUCGGCGGUGACGACUGCCUUGAACCACUAUGCGGCUCUCUUUCCCGUGGCGAUAACACCGACAGACCGAGGCGAACCGGCGACUUCUGUGAGUGCGACGACGGCUGGACCGGCAUCAACUGCAAUGUCUGCACCUCCAACAAGGCUUGCGACGCUCUCAUGCCUUCCCAGGAAGGUGGCGUCUGCUACCAGAAUGGCGAGGUCAUCAACCACAACUACCAACUCUGCGACGUCACCAACAAGAAGAUUACCGACCUCCUGGGAGACAAGCGCCCCCAGGUCACCUUCACAUGUAAGAAGGAGGAGGCCAACUGCGAUUUCCAGUUUUGGGUCGAGGAGCGCGAGUCCUUCUACUGCCAUUUGACCGAGUGCACGUCCGAUGCCGACAUCAACGAGAGCCAAAACAGCACCAGCUACAAGUGCGGCAAAAUCGACUGCAACUGCAUCUCCGAGCGCAUGCUUUGCGGUGAAAAUGGUUCCGUUGACAUUAGCGACUUCCUCGUCGAGGAGAUUAAGGGCCCCGCUGGGUUUGAAUGUCUUCAGAAGAACGGAGGCACCAACAACUGCAAGUUCACCGAACCGGCAAUGGACGAUCUCAUUCUGUCCUUGAUUGGCGACAGCAGCAUCCAACUGAGCUGCAGGUCCGGCGAGUGUCUGUACCAUACAGAAGUGCCUGGCUAUGAACGUCCCGUCAAGAAGAUCAACACGCCACUUAUUGCGAGUAUCAUCGCUGCCUGCUCUCUGUUCGUCGUCGCCGUCAUCCUCCUCACCUGGUACUUGUCUCGGAGACAGUUCAAGUACGGCGCAAUCACGCUGGACGAUUCGGACGACGAGAGCUUGAAGCUCAUGACGGACCACAAACCCGCCUCCUUGUACUUUGAGAAUGUGGCCUAUGAGCUCAACGGGAAGAGAAUCUUGAAUGGGAUUCAGGGUAUGGCCCAUCCCGGAGAGGUUACAGCCAUCAUGGGUGCUUCCGGAGCCGGCAAAACGACGUUCCUCGAUAUUUUGGCUCGGAAGAACAAGCGAGGCAAUGUCACUGGCGACUUCUUCGUCAACGGCGAAAAGGUCAACGACACCGACUACAGAAACGUCAUUGGUUUCGUCGAUCAAGAGGACACCAUGUUGCCGACCCUGACUGUACACGAAACCAUCUUGAAUAGCGCUCUCCUUCGUCUACCUCGCAACAUGGGCCGGGCCGCUAAGGAGCAGCGCGUAUUCGAAGUCGAGAAGCAGCUCGGUAUCCACCACAUUCGGGAUUCUCUCAUCGGCUCGGAGGAGGGCAAGGGACGAGGCAUCUCUGGCGGAGAGAAGCGCAGAGUUGGUAUCGCCUGCGAACUCGUCACCAGUCCCUCGAUUCUAUUCCUUGACGAGCCCACUAGUGGUCUUGACGCCUACAAUGCUUUUAACGUCAUCGAGUGCUUGGUCACGCUGGCAAAGAACUACAAGCGCACCGUUGUCUUCACCAUCCAUCAGCCGCGAUCCAACAUUGUUGCCCUCUUCGACAGACUAGUCCUCUUGGCCCGUGGAGGGGCUGUUUACUCUGGCCCCUUUUCUCAGUGUCAAGACUACUUUGACCGCAUUGGAUAUUCUUGUCCUCCUGGGUUUAACAUUGCCGAUUACCUUGUCGAUCUUACCAUGCACGCAGGCUCUACAACUUCCGAAGAUGAUGGCACUCUCAACGCCGAAGUUGCCAGCCUAGGCCCAAGCAGCACGACCGCAGUCAAGUCAAUCGCGAGCAUCCCUGGAAGCAUUGCCGAGGACAGCGGCGUUGAGUCCUCGUCUUCGCGACCCAAAAACAAGCGUCGAGAUUCGGUCAAGGUUCGACAAGAACGAGAACUGUUCACUCGUCGCAAGAACACAGUGGACACAGCAGCUUCUUCUGAUGCUGGUGGCGAGGAUGUUGGAUCUUACAAGUUGCAAAACCAGCCCGGCGGCUUCGUUCCCUCGAUCCACGUCGAAGACCCCCAUGACCUGCCUCCUGCUGCCUACAUCAGUACCGACCUGGAUAUGCUGAUUCGCUCCUUUGCCGAGUCAGACAUUGCGGGAUCCACGCAUGACGAGAUCCAGCAAUCCAUUACAGCUGCACAAGGCGCCAACGGUCGAAAUGCCAAUGGUUACAACCCAGAGGGCCCGAACAUCAACAUCAGUGCCAUCGGCAAGGGCUACGCUCGCGUAGGUCUCGGUCGGCAGUUCAUCAUCUUGUCUCAGCGAACAUGGAAGAACCUUUACAGGAACCCUAUUCUUAUGCUGACGCACUACGCCAUCGCCAUCCUCCUCGCUGUCCUCUCUGGCUACCUCUUCUACGGUCUGACCGACGACAUUCCGGGCUUCCAAAAUCGUCUUGGUCUAUUCUUCUUCCUGCUGGCACUCUUCGGUUUCAGCACUCUGACGAGUCUGAACGUUUUCGCUACCGAGAGACUUCUGUUUGUCCGCGAGAGGGCCAAUGGCUACUACCAUCCCAUUACGUAUUUCGCCGCCAAAAUUCUCUUCGAUAUCAUCCCGCUGCGCAUCGUUCCGCCCCUUAUUAUGGGUGCCAUUAUUUACCCCAUGACGGGUCUGGUUCCCGAUGCUGGCCACUUUUUCAAGUUCAUUUUGGUCCUGGUUCUCUUCAACUUCGCCGCUGCUGCAAUCUGCCUCUUCAUUGGCAUUAUCUGUAAGGAUGGUGGCGUUGCCAAUCUUAUUGGCAGCUUGGUCAUGCUCUUCAGCUUGCUUUUCGCCGGCUUGCUGCUCAACCACAAUGCCAUCCCCAAGGCCGCUCUCUGGCUUCAAGCCCUUUCAAUCUUCCACUACGGUUUCGAAUCGCUUAUUGUCAAUGAAGUUCUUCAACUUACUCUGGUCGACAAAAAGUAUGGUUUAGACAUCACGGUCCCUGGAGCAGCCAUUCUGAGCUCCUUUGGCUUCAACAACGACGCCUUGUGGACCGAUGUCAUCAGCCUAGGAUGCUUUGGAGUAGUCUUCAUCGUCUUGGCAUACUCUGCCAUGCACAUUCUUCUUGUCGAGAAGAGGUGA